GCCAUGCACUCAGUUUGCGUUUGACUUGUGCUCAGAAGGGACGGUGUGCGUUUUACCUGCGUGCAUGCACCUUUAACCCUGGUUUGAUUUGGGAUUUACCGCGAUGGUGCGUGCCAGAGUCAGUUUCGCCUGCGUGGCUUUCGCCUUCUGCUUAGCGGUGAUCUACAAUGUAAAGCCAGUGGUGUCCACAUGCGUGUUUGAUCAGGAUUUUGGUUUCAAACUCAACUGCGCCUUCAAACAGUCUGGAAUUUUCCGAGUCAGAAACCUUGGUGGUGUCAAGGGCUACAUUGGGUUGGGUGUAAGCGUCGGCGAUGAGCUUGGAUUCCCACAGUCCUUGUCAAAUGUCGAGGGAAGCAAACGAAGAUCCGUCUCAGGAUCUUACUGGGAAGCGGCGGCCGCCUCUGCUCAGAAGAGAGCCGACGAGAUGAACGGCCACCCGCCGGCGUUCAAGAAGAUUUCCGCGAGCAUGCCGAUGCUGCGAUCCGCCCAGCCUGCGCCUCAGCCGAGCAUUUCGAGGUCUGCGGUCGUGGGCAAAACCGACGACGGCCGAGAGAUGACCGCUUUUAGGAAUGCAAUUAGGAAGACAGUUAACACACAGCGCCCAGUCCCAGUCCCACAGAUGUUAGUGGAGCGUGCGAGUGUGCUUCCGCCUCUUGACGCCGCGUCAGACGAGAAGAAGUUGGCCCUGAUCGACGCCGAGCUGGAGAAGAACAUCGAGGAAUUGGCCGCGGCUGCCAACGUGAGCGUGGACACGAUCCGUGCGGCUCUUGGCGACAAGAACAACAGGCAACAACUGCAGCAGGCCGUGGCCGCCGUGGCCCUUCUGCAGGGCGAGCCGACCACUCAGGCGACGACCACCACGAUCGCCAUGACCAGGCGGCCCGAGCUGGCCAACGUGGUCAACAUAGGGCCUUCGGUGGCGCAAAAGCCAGGCGUCAGGUACGUGAUGAACGCGCCAAAGGAGUACUACCCGGCCAACUACGACAAGAACUACGACGACGGCUUCAAGACCAAAGUGGAGAUGCCGCAAACCUCGUUCCAGUGCGGCAGCCAAAAGCACUUCCCUGGACUCUACGCUGACGUCGAUCUCGGCUGCAUGGUAUUCCACGUGUGCGCGCUCACCGACGACGGUUUGGUGGAAAAGAACUUCCUGUGUCCAGAAAACACGCUGUUCGACCAAAGUGUGCUCAAGUGCAACUGGUCCGUGUACGUGGACUGCAACCAGUCGGAAAGUCUGUACGACGCCAACAUUCCCGUGUCCAAGAGUUAUCAGCUGAUGAAGGCUCUCGCUUUCUUCUCGGCCUACAAGAACGCCAACAGCAGCCCGGCAACGACGACGGCGUAAACAGUGCACUGCUCGACUUGUGUGUGUUUUGUUCACGGGUGAAUCAGUUUCGAUGGACGCAGCUCGGAUUUAUCCCCGCAAUAUCAUGAUUUGACAGAGCGAAGCCGCGCGAUUACUUUCUUUUUGCAAGAAAGCUUGAAACUUUUAUCAUCGUAAACACGCGAGCGUUAUUUGUUGCAAGUUUGCCAUUAUUUAUUUCAUUUUACUUGUAACGUAAGUGUGAGAUUGUGGAAGGGAAGAUUUGUGCAUUUGGAAUUUAAUAUGGUAUUGAUUAUUCGUCCUUGGAAGGUUUUUGUAUUUAUGUACAUUCAAUAAAACGAUUAAAACUAUCAGAAACCGCAGAAAACAAA